UUCCUUUACGCGCCAUGUCUAUGGUAUUUUAUUGUUGUCUGCUACAAAAUUACUGAAAGACAAAGAUUUAGCAAUAAAGUUUCUUCUAUUUGUAUUGACUAGAUUGGUACUACAGGCAGCUGGUGGUAUGGCGGACCUGUCUGACUACAUUCGUGGGGGUGCCUUUGUCCUUCUGUUUCUCGUGACGGGGUUGAGAGAUCUAAACACAUGGCUGCUUGCUGACCUCAUCUUUACCGGCGUCACAGGCUUCCUGCUCUAUGUCAACCCAUUCUGGACAAUGAAUCUACAGACCAAUGAUUUAAAGAUCGAUGUGAUUCAUGGACAACUGAACCGCCUGUUUGCUGCCUUCUUGUUCGGUCCCCUCCUGUUAUGGCUGAUGAGGAGAAAGACAUCGGAUCCCUCAAUCAAGGCAGCUAUGCUUCUCUCCAGGGCUCUGGGUAUUUCCAUUCUUCUUAUUGUCAUGACUGUAGGUCAACUGUCAUAUGGAGAAAUCUUCACAGAUAAGCAUUUCUGGUUUGGAUUUCUCGGUAACAUUUUGUGGUGUGUGGCUAAUGUCUAUCAACUCAUUAAAAGUCGUCCAGAACUUCAGGGUCUGAAGCAGUCAAGGGGAAUAACACUGUUACUGCACAUAAACAGCUGGAUUGUAUUGCUAAUGUCUCUGGCACAUAUGUCUUUUGCAAAUGCCAUGUGCAAAGUCCAGGGCCGGAGGGUGGACAAGUACCACAUCCACACCACGCGGGCAGCAGGUGCCCUCAUGAUGGGCUGGGCCAUCCUUACCUGGCUCGCCCCGAGGUUCAAGAGGAGGGAGGAUGUCAGGAUUGUAUUCCUGGCCCAGAUACUGAUUUGGGGCUUGAGUGAAGGAACUUACUUUAUCCUUCACUUUCAAUCUGAGCUGAUGACAAAGAGAGAACUUGCCCUCAGAUUAGGGACCUUCUCCCCACUACUGCUUCUGUCCCUGGUCGGACUGUAUCUGUGUGUAAGACCCCAGCCCCCUAGCACCGGCGAAGAAAAGAAAGACCAGUAACUCCAAUGCUCCGUGUUUUACUUUGUGUUGACACAAAUUCACUCGUAUUGACUUUUGAUGUGUGAAGCUCCCUUUUGAUUACUCUACAUGGAACUCUUGGGAAUACAUGUAUUGAACAUUCACUUAAUAA